UCUAAAGUCCACGAUCGAUUAAACAGAGUGAGUGCUGUUUUGGCUAGGGCGAAUCGACCAUUUUCCCCUUGGAAGCUUAUCACACCUGAGCGCCAUCGAUCGAUCAAUCCACUGUCACUCCAAGCAUUGGUGAGUUCGUCCUGGAUCAUCGUUUUCCUCGCCCUUGGAGGCCCCUUUCCUCUUUUUCUCGCUUCCUCGUCGAUCUAAUGCUCGCCCAACCGAGAAGAGGGAGCCGUGCGUGCGUGUGUGCGUGUGACUGCCGUGACUGACCUUGGCAAACACGACGAAGGCAGCGACGACGACGAGGGUGAACAGCCAAGAAAACUCUUCUUUUCCACGGCGACAAGCGCGCUGCGUCGUUGACCCCUCCAUCUUUCUCGCUCUGAUCGCUCGCUGACCUUCCAAUCCCAUCUUUCCCUCUUCUCUCCCGUGUUCUUGAGCUCGUGCUUGCAAUCUUGGUAGAAAUCCCCUGCUCUUCCCAAAUUUCUUUCUAGUCUCUAGAGUUCUUCUUGCCAGAUCUUCUAGCCAUGACAGAGGUCCUCACAAAUUUCAUCUCCUACGAGCCCGAUCGCUCCAAGGCCGCGAUGGAUUGCUACGAGGCCGUGUCGGAGGUCGCCAAGACGGGGCUCGACAACGCGCAGCGCCUCAUCCAGAUGCUCUCCCAGCGCGCCGCCGGUCCCUCCUCCUCCUCCACGGCGCUCGAUCUCCACCUCCACAGCCAGCGGCACCACCACGACGACGAUCCCGCGUGUAGCACCGCGGCGCUCGAGGCCAUCUCCAGCUUCCGCAAGGUCGUCUCUCUCCUCAGUAGAACAGGCCACGCUCGAUUCCGCCGCGGCCCAGUUGGCGGCGCUGGAAGCUCGAGCUCCCUCCAGGCAUUCGCGGAGGCGCCCCACUGCCCGCCGCGGGCGGCGCCGCCGGAUCUCCGCCACGGCGCUUCCGCUUCCAGGGACUCUUCGUACGAUUUCCUGCCCAGAUCGAAGCUCGUCGCUGCCGCCGCCGCCGCGGGCGUCUCGUCCCACACCAACGUCUCGACGAGCUCCACGGCGCCGCUGUCUAACACCUCGCUCUCCACGACGCGAUCGGCCGCCACUUUCAGCAUGGAUUGCGUGAGCGUCGGGAGUGGCGACGCUCGCCCGCCACUCCCACCGAUCUGGCCCAGGAAUCCUGGCGGUGGAGGAGGAGGAGGAUCUUCCGCCACCAACAAGAGGAAAUGCAGUGGCAAGCCGGAGGAUCACGCGUCUCUCAAGUGCCACUGCUCCAAGAGAAGGAAGCUGCGAUUGAAGAGGACGAUCAAGGUGCCAGCGAUCAGCAACAAGAUGGCGGAGAUCCCACCCGACGAUUACUCGUGGAGGAAGUACGGGCAGAAGCCGAUCAAGGGGUCGCCACAUCCGAGGGGCUACUACAAGUGUAGCAGCAUGCGCGGCUGCCCGGCUCGCAAGCACGUCGAGAGAUGCCUGGAAGAUCCCUCGAUGCUCAUUGUCACGUACGAGGGCGAGCACAAUCACAACCAGGGAUCAUCCAUCGCGGUUGCUCCUCCGCCUCCUCCGCCGCCGGCGUAACGCGAGAGAAGAAGUGGUGGAAUCUUUGCGUUUUCUUCUUCCGCGCUUCGUCCAUCCGUUUUGCAGCGCUGAUCUAUACGUUUUGGAGGGAUUUGGGGGCGAGAAAACAAAAAAGAAAGGAUGGAUGGAGUGUGAGACGAGAGGCCCGAUGAGAUUCGUGAUGAUCGGAUCGGCGCGAGAGGAGACAAGCGCAGCAAAAAAGAAAGCAAAAGAUUCUCUCCACCUUGAAACGGGUCAACGGGAGGAUUCGGCGGUGGCGGUGAUGGUGGGCAGCGGAUAUUCGCUUCUUUUAUUUGGUGUUUGACCGGUGGUGUGGUGCGGAAUCUCGCCAUCACGAACACAAGAAAACAAGGCAAAGGCAGGGCUUUUGGAGAAUAGAAAAAAUGGGAAAAGCAAAGUGGACAGUGAGGAAAUAGCUGGCGUGAUGGAUGGCUACACAAUACUCAUGAAAGGGGUAGAAAAUUCGCAGAUGGGACGUACACUGGCACAAGUUUGACUUCUCGGCUGUCCCUGCGACGAGGAACAGUGGUGGCACACCCGCACUCACCAAACAGAAAACAAAGGAAAACUUUGGUGGUCAACCGUUUAAUUUGAUCUUCUUUGUUUAAUAGCA